AUCUGCUAUGUAACGUUACCACUCCAGGUUUUAGCAGCAGCAGGAGAAGAUGAAGCAAGGGCUUCUGCUAUGUAAUCCUUCAUACAACGCUCCAUCUCUGCCCUCCCUUCAUUUCCCAAUAUCCACAGCUAAACGUACCACUGUCAUCUCUGUAAGCCUUGAUUCAGCCGAUACCCGACCGCUUACAGCCAGAGAAAGAAGACAACUCAGAAACGAGAGGAGAGAGAGCAAAGCCACCACCAAUUGGAGAGAAGAGGUGGAGGAAAGGCUUCUCAAGAAGCCCAAGAAGAGGUAUGCUUCCUGGACCGAAGAGCUUAACCUCGACAACCUCGCUCUUUUGGGUCCUCAAUGGUGGGUCGUUCGCGUUUCACGGGUUUCGGGUCAGGAGUCAGCGGAACGACUCGCCCGAUCCUUGGCCAGGAACUUCCCCGACAUUGAUUUCAAGGUUUAUGUUCCAUCUGUCCAAGUGAAAAGGAAAUUAAAGAAUGGAUCGAUUUCAGUUAAACCAAAACCCCUCUUUCCUGGGUGUGUAUUUUUAAGGUGUGUACUGAACAAGGAGACACAUGACUUUAUAAGAGAAUGUGAUGGGAUUGGAGGCUUUGUUGGAUCCAAAGUUGGAAAUACAAAAAGGCAGAUUAACAAACCCAGGCCAGUUUCUGUUGAUGAUAUUGAAGCAAUCUUCAAACAAUCAAAAGAAGAACAGGAAAAAGCAGACAAAGCUUUUGAAGAAGAGCAGCAAAAAGAAGAAACUAUUAACCCUGAGAAACUGAUUAUAUACCCUCAUUUAGAUUCCAAAGAUGUUACAAUAUCUGUAGUAGAUUCCAAGCCAAAAAGGCGAUCCAGAAAAGCUUCCAAACCUAUUGCAGAUGGUGCAUCAACAGCAAAGCAUGAUAAGCUCCUUAAACCAGGUUCAACCGUCCGAGUUGUAUCUGGGACUUUUACAGAGUUCUCGGGCAGCCUUAAAAAGCUGGAUCGCAAAAAUGGAAAGGCAACUGUUGGAUUCACUCUCUUUGGAAAGGAGACCUUAGUGGACCUUGAUGUCAAUGAAAUUGUUGCAGAAACAAAGUGAUCCAAGUACUUGAAAGAGAGCUAAUGUGACACAAAAUCUGCAUAAGGAAAUGCCAUUUGGUGAAGCCAGACAAAAAAACCAGUAUAUAUGUAAAAGCCAAGCUCUUCAAAGAGACGAAGUGACAGAAGAUCUGAAUGAGGAGACACCAUUUGGUGAAGCCUUAUAUCGACAAUGAAAGAAAAGUCUUCACCAGCAUUUGCAAAUUUAUUCUCCACAAGUAGAGCCUUGUUUUAGUUGAUAGGACAUUGGUUUCAGCUUUACCUUGUAUAAUGCAUAUACCGGGUUAAAACUAAUCAUAAGAAUGUUUUACAUCCCCAACAAAC